AGCAGCGCUUCAGCACUGACAUCUUCCGUGCUAUAGGCGGAUAUAUAAGCCUCUCGGGUGAUGAUACACACUCUGCAGGGAGAGGAUUUUUUCGACGAGGAAAACAUUCUCUUUCAAAUCGUCACAUGGGGUCAAUCGCUUCCUGCAUCGCGACUGAACCGCUGUGCGCUUUUGUGCGUGUCGUUUCUGCCUCUUGACUCGUGUAGGUUUCUAUCGUUGCGAUUGCCGUGCCGCUGAUGUCACACAUUUUACAGCGAUGAUAAGCAAAGUUAAAAAUGCCAUGUCCUCGCUGGUGGGCGGAAUUAUCCCGCACGGACACCACCACCAUCAGCAGCAGCACGGCUCGGCGCAGAACGGCGGAACGGACGGACUCCCGCCGCGCUUCCCCUACAGCAGACCCGAGUUUCUGGACCUGACACCGGAGCUGCUGCAGUACUCCACCGAGCACGCGUCCAGACCGGUCAUCACGCUCAAGAGGGACAGCAGGCUGCCCUGGAGGACGGGAUAUGCCGAGGUGAUAAAUGCUGGGAAGAGCAUGCUGAAUGAAGACCAGGCAGCCUGCGAGGUGCUGUACGUGAGGAAGAUGAGCAGCAAACAACAGCGCUGCUCCAUGUUACUGGAGGAAAGCGGGGACACCACAGGAAUCCCCAUGCACUUCUGGGGAGUGUUUGAUGGUCACGCCGGCUCUGGUGCUGCUCUCAUGGCCUCCAAACUCCUCCAAAGGAUCAUCCGCGACCGGCUCUGUGACGUCGCUCAUCUCCUAGAAAACCACAACAGUCCUCCGCCGAUCUGCCUGGCCAAAAAUGGAAGCCCGUUUCAGGCUGAGGGCAAGAAAGGAGCCUGUCUGGACGGAGAGGAGCAGGACGCGGGGCUGCCGGACGAGCCACGCUUCCACAUGGAGAAGGACAUCAGUGUGGAGAGUCUGGUCAUGGGCAUCAUAGAGACCGCGUUCAGACAGAUGGACGACCUGAUCGAGAAGGAGAAAGAGUCUUACAGCAUCUCCGGUGGUUGUUGUGCCUUGGUUGCAAUUCACUUGAUGGGGAAACUCUACGUAGCAAACGCUGGAGAUAGCAGAGCCAUAAUUGUCCGCAACAGUGAGGUGAUCCCCAUGUCCACUGAAUUCACUCCAGAAAGCGAAAGACAGCGACUGCAGUACCUGGGCUUCCUCAAACCAGAGCUGCUCGGGAAUGAGUUUACACAUAUUGAAUUCCCCAGACGAAUCCAACACAAGGAACUCGGCAAGAAGAUGCUCUUCAGAGACCACACCAUGACUGGCUGGGCAUAUAAGACAAUUAUAGAAGACGACCUCAAGUUCCCGUUGAUUUAUGGGGAAGGGAAAAAGGCUCGUGUCAUGGCUACUAUUGGAGUGACGCGUGGUUUAGGAGAUCACGACCUGAAAGUGUACAACUCCAACAUUUAUAUCAAACCCUUCCUGUCCUGCUGUCCAGAAGUUAAGGUGUACAACAUCUCUGAGCACAAACACGGGUCUGAUGACGUCCUGGUCAUGGGCAGUGAUGGACUGUGGGACGUUACAGCCGAUAGAGAUGUCGCUGAUGCAGUAUCAACUUUCCUGUCCAGCCGUGAGCCCAAUGAUCCUUUAAGGUACACUCUAGCAGCACAAGACCUGCUGAUGCGCUCGCGGGGCGUCCUGAAGGAGCGAGGCUGGCGGCUGCCCAAUGAGAGACUCGGCCUCAGGCGAUGA